GUCACCCGACGCGAGAGAGGAGGGGGAUUUCCAGCUCGAGACCCCACUUCCCGAGCCAGCCGUUGUUUUGCUUUCGGUCUGGGCACAGAAACAGAAAUAAACGACUACCACGCUUUUCUUUUUCUACAAAAAAAGACAAAUACCUUGUAUAACUUCAGCUGCGUGUUGUGACAGCGGGACUGUGAGGCUACAGGCCGUCCAAACUGAACAGAAAACAAUGCCAGUGGAGAGAAUGAGGAUGAGGCCGUGGCUCGAGGAACAGAUCGACUCCUGUCAGAUACCAGGACUCAAAUGGGUUAACAAAGAAAAGAGGAUCUUCCAGAUCCCAUGGAUGCAUGCAGCGCGUCAUGGCUGGGACCUGGAGAAAGAUGCUCCGCUCUUCAUGAGAUGGGCCAUACAUACUGGCAAAUACCAGGCAGGCAUCGACCGUCCAGACCCAAAGACGUGGAAGGCUAAUUUCCGCUGUGCUAUGAACAGCCUGCCAGACAUCGAGGAGGUGAAGGAUAAAAGCAACAAAAAGGGAACUAAUGCCUUCAGAGUCUAUAAGAUGCUCUCCUCCUCCGAGAGAAACAUGAAGAAAGGAAAGAAGAAGACAGACAAGGAGGGGAGGCCCAAGGGAAAUGAAGAGGUAGCUUCUCCAUCUCCAGGCACUCAUGUUGGACCUAUUGACUACACCAAACAGGAAAUAAUCAAACAAGAAGGGAUCAAGCAGGAAGCACUAGAGGCGACAGUGACGGACAGUGGCUCAGCCAUUCACAGCUCAGUAGAAGACCACGUGAUCACCAGCGAGCAGCUGCCGUUCGUCUGUCAGACGAUCGAAGUGACCACUGAGAACGAAGAGCAGACUGUUAGCUCCUCCCACUCGUACCCGCUCCAAAUCUCCCCUGUGUCUUCAUGCUGCGGCAGCGACACAGACAGUGACACAGAGGACACCAAAGAGGGUGUCAGUGAAGUCUGGAGGCGGGGCUACAACCCAACAGUUCUCAGGAUUCCCACGUGCCCUCUCCCCGGCAUGGCCACCUUCGUCACUGCGACCAAGCCCAACUUUAGGGUGACCAGCACGCGGGACCCGGUGCCGCUCAUCAGCUACCACACCGACGGCUGGACGCCCGCCUACAGCCACAGCUCGCUGGUGUCCACGGCAACCGGCCACACCCACGAGAUGCGCGCAAGUGUCAUUAUGAAAACCUCGGAUGUGACUUCCUCGUGACCUCACUGCUUCCAGGACAUAGGAUCGACAGAGAGAGACAGUUUGUUUUUUCUUUCCAUCAGCGCUGCAUGGAGCCUAAACAGGGCGAGCAUCAAAACCUUUGAUUUUAUUUUGUAGCUUCUGUCUGGGCGAUGAAUUCUCUCAGUUUUCGUCUUAAUCAAGGAAACUACCGACUGGGGUUUACUUAAUUCACCUACUGAUUGAUGAACACUUAUGCCAAAUUUAUUAUUUGUAAAAAACAAAAAAUUAUAAUAAUGGAUGGGUUUGUGUGUGUCAUUGUCUUCCCGUGACCCAUCCGUCCGCAGUUUAGAAUUAAUGACCACGUGGACACACACAGACGAACACGUAUGCAGACUUGGAAUAAAUAAAUAGAACCGUGUGUGCACUCCACAUCCGUUACGUCUGGCCUUUUAGACCCCGUAAUCCUCCACAUAUCACUGGAAGAUUUGGUUCUCUGCUGCCUUGUGCUUAAGUAUGCGUUAUGCCUAUUGAAAGAAAUUCACCACUUUUCAUCUAAUGAAAAAAAUAAGCUUUUAGUUGUGAAAAUGUUUUAAAUUGGCCAACCUGUAGAUUAAUGUACUUUUUUUUUAUGAUUUGUCUUUGAGACAGUAUUGCCUUAUUGUAGCGUUAUAACUACAUCCUAAUAUCCAUCCACUGUGUUGGGAUUUUUAGCUGUAUACAGUCUCAAAUCAAUGGAAUGGUUCCUAAUAGUUGUUCAUAGGAAGUGCUUUUUGUAUGUCAUUUACAUUUUUCAUAUCUCUUCUCAUGAAAUGGCCAGAUUUAGCCACACGUCCCUUAAGACCGUUACGUCGUCUUAACAAAGUGUAAGCUCAAUUGUAAGCAUGGAACAUUACGAAAUGCUUGACCGGCACACACGGAUGGAACAAAGAUGUGUUCAUAACAAAGCAAUGAACACGACAUUUCAUGGGAAAUCACACCUCUGUUGACGAACCAGCUUAAACUAGCAGCAAGUUGCAAAAGAGAAUCAAAGGCAUGUUGUGAUCUAGAUAGAGAUCGACAAUCAUUAUAAAGCCCUGAUUGGCCCUCGCAGUGGAAAGCAGGUGUGUGUCUGUUUGUCUGGAGACCUCAGGACAAAGUACCCCGCCAACAGAGACGGAUGAACAGACAGAACGACAGACUCGCUGACAGACUGACUGACACACUGUGAACUAUGGAUUCAUGUCUUUACUUUUUUCCUUCUAAUGUUAAUAAUGUACAUAGCUCAUAUAUAUGUAUGCCUGCAAGCCGCUUCAGCACCUUACAGACAGCUGCGUGUGCGCGUGUGUGUGUGUUUGUGUGUGUGUAAAAGCCUUACUGAAAAUGUGUGCCUUCUGAUAUAGUGUGGCUAGAUUCAAACUAUCUGUGCUUUAGUCUGCUAGUGACACAUGCGGGUAGCUUUCAGGAAUUAUACUCGGCCCUGUGAGGAUUGAGACACAGGCCAUGUCAUUGUGGCAAUCAUGGAGGAAUGAAGAAGUAGUUAUUACGCUUUCUUUGUGCACACUGUGUACAAGUCUUGACCUGGUUAAGUGAGUAGCGAUGUAACAAACAUGCUCCUAUUUAUUUGAGUUCAUAUGGUUAGAGGGAGGGGACAGAGGGACUGAAUCUCAGGCUUUCAGAGGUCCAUUCAGGCAUCUUAACUUGUGUAAUAGCGAAGUGAGUGCAUUCGGCACUUCAUUCUGCACAUUUGAAGUGAAUGUCCUGCUAUAAUAAUGAGGAAUAGGGAAGUCUGGGCUUGAGAUGCUUCCCAAAGCGCUGUGUCGUCAACAGGUCUGAGCGCUGUUGUUUUUACAGUCUAGUCAUUUUGUUUCCCAGUUGACUCUAGUGCACAGAUAAGUCUCUCCUUUGUUUUUUCUCAUAAUGUCCGUCUCUCCAUUCUUCGGCUCAGUCGCCACUAGCCUUCCUCCUGUUGUCUUCAAGAUAAAAAAAAUCUUCUUUUGAUACAUUUUAAAACUAAAUAUAUCACGCACAGAAUGAUGAAUGUUGGCUGCAAAUGGAAGGUAUUUUGUUAGUACUUUGUUGUCUGUUUUACAAGGAAUUAUUGGAGGACGCUCAUUUGUUUCAGUAUUAUUUAGCAAAAUGUAAAGUACCAGAAUAUGAAAUGUUUAGAAUGUCUCCUGAGAGUCAUCAGUUAUGAAUUACAAUGAGUGUGUCAGAAUGUUACUUUGCGUCAGCAGCUAGCAGCCUAAAGCACAGGUCUCCUCCCUCGGCUUGCGCAAAUCCCAGCGGGAGCAGCUCUGAAACGUUCCUGAAGCAAAAUACAAAUAGGACAAAUACCAAACCACUAGAGAGACGUACACUGGACCGCACAUUACUAUCAUGGUGAAUUUAUUUAAGAGUCUCGUUGAAUCAAAGGGGUUUUGGUCUUACUUGAUGGCGGGUGUGGCAUAGGCAUUGCUUUACCAGAAUGUUCCUCCCGUGUGCCUUUUUCUGGUCCCAGACCUUGGAACCCAUACUGAAAGGUUGCUUCUGUUUCUGUGUGGUUCCACUUUGUGCUAGUUUUUAAUGCCAAGGCUACAAUACACAUACCAUAUUUAAAGCAGUGGAAGCUAAUCAUUUUGUCAACAGCCUUUACAAACACCAGCCUUUUUCAUUUUUUUUUAAACCAUGCAUUUGUCUCUGUGAGCCUUUUUUUUUUUUU